GGCUACAUGGAGAGAUCGAUGCGUUCGGAGUGCAGGAUUUCUCCUUGCAGACACGUGGUUGGCCGGUAGCGCUAUCUUGCUGCGUUGUGUGAGUUAGCUACAGUCCGCUUCCUACUAGUGUGUUUCCCCGGCUCCGGCUGCUUAAGAGACGGUUUGGCCAUGGCACAGAUCCAGGCGCGCUUCUUUACCGAGAAUGGAAAGUACAAGAUUGAUGAUUUUCCAUUUUCCAUUCCGGCUGCCUCAGAAAUUAUAGACCUUAGUAAUCUUAUUAACAAACUGCUUGAAACAAAGAAUGAUGAUCACAAACCUGUGGAAUUUGAUUUCCUUGUCAAGAGUCAGUUCCUGCGGAUGCCACUUAUCAAGCAUAUGGAGGCAGAAGGAAUUUCCACAGAAGUGGUAGUUGAAAUAGAGUAUGUUGAAAAGAUCACAGCCCCUCAGCCUGAAGAGUGUAUGAUGCAUGAUGACUGGGUGAGCUCUAUUGCAGGCACUGAAGAAUGGAUUCUUACAGGUUCUUAUGAUAAAACCUGUAGAAUUUGGUCUUUGGAAGGGAAGACCAUUAUGACAAUCGCAGGACAUACAGAAGCAGUAAAGGAUGUGGCAUGGGUGAAAAAAGACAAUCUGUCUUGCCUACUUCUGAGUGCUUCCAUUGACCAGACAAUUCAGCUGUGGGAGUGGAAUACAGAGCACAAUAAAAUGAAGGCCCUUCAUUGCUGUCGGGGUCACGCUGGCAGUGUUGAUUCCAUAGCUGUUGAUGCAUCAGGAACUAAAUUUUGCAGUGGAUCAUGGGAUAAGAUGCUGAAGAUAUGGUCAGCAGUCCCAUCUGAAGAAGAAGAUGAAUGUGCAGAUACAUCUGACCGUCCUAGAAAAAAACAGAAAACGGAAAAGUUGGGACUAACAAGGAUUCCUAUUGUCACACUCUCUGGGCAUAGCGAGGCUGUAUCAUCUGUACUGUGGUCUGACGUAAAUGAGAUUUGUAGCUCUUCAUGGGAUCACAACAUCAAAAUCUGGGAUGUUGAAACUGGAAUUGUUAAAAGCAGUUUGGUAGGAAAUAAGGUUUUUAACUGUAUCUCCUACUCGCCGCUAUCCCGACGUCUUGCAUCAGGAAGCACUGAUAGACACAUCCGUCUUUGGGAUCCACGUUCUAAAGAUGGAUCCCUAGUUCUUCUCUCUCUGACAUCACAUACAGGUUGGGUGACAUCUGUGAAAUGGUCUCCCACUCAUGAGCAGCAGAUCGUCUCUGGAUCUCUUGACAAACUUGUCAAACUGUGGGACACUAGGAGCUGUAAGGCACCACUUUAUGACCUUGCUGCUCACGGAGAUAAGGUGCUAAGUGUUGAUUGGACAGAUGCAGGGCUGAUACUGAGCGGCGGAUCAGACAACAAGCUUUACUCGUACAAAUACACAGCGUCCCUGUCGGAUGUAGGAGCAUGAACAUUAUAUAGAAGAACCAUUAAUAAUGCAGAUCUUCAAUGGUGGAACUUGAGAUGUUGCAGUUCUGUUGAUCCUGCAGCACUUUGCCUAUUUCAGGAAUAUAACUUAUGUUUUGUUGGAAUGGCUCAAGUUAAAAAAAGUUAGUCUUUAAUGGGUCUCAUGUUCAACAUUUAAAUGUAAAUGUUUUAUGUAUAUUUUCCCUGAAAAUUCAUGUUCUAAUAUAAAAAAAGAUCAUACUUUUUGUAUAUAUUUAGUACACCAAGUAAAGGAUUGUUCCUUGCACCCUUUAUGCGCUAAAACCUACUUGGAUAUUCCUUUGCAUCUACCCAGAUUUAUGAAAGGUUCUGCAAAAUAGAAGUGUUAUGGUUUAUAUCUUGUUUUGUAUUAGUGCUAUAAAAAUAAGUUAUUUCUCUA